UCAACAUGUAACUGCGAUGACGGCAUUCAAACGCCGAUUCAAAGCACAGACAGCUGAGGCUGGUCGCCUCGCAUGCGUACGUAUAUGUAUGUAUGUACGUAUAUGUAUGCAGACGUAUGCAAGUGUGCAAAUAGGUAUGCAAGUAUGUAUGUGGCGACAUGCAUUCAUGCAUCCCUCUUCCCGCGUGUGUACGCAUACCAUGACUAGGUCCUUGCCUGGGGGAUGGUGUGUUGAUGAGCUUAGUGAGUCGAUGAAGAGAACUAGUAGCUGAGGGGAAAGCCGUCGAAGUCGUCACUGAAUAGAGACGCAACGAUGAAUGAUAGAUCAGUGAUCGUCAAUCUGUCGUGCAUGCAAGGAUUGCCCUACGUGGGGUUGCACCGCGUCCGCGUCCGCCAUCGUAAGGUCGGCUGCAUGAGUAGCCGCGGGCUCGGAAGCCGCCGCGGCCGCGGAACGGGCCUGGCGGGAAGUGGCUGGGCAUGGGGGGAGGCAGCACCGUCUGGAGCGAGUGUGGGGCGGUCUCGCGCUGCGCCUGUUUGGUGUCGGUGGUCUUGUUGCCGCCGUCCUUGCAAUCCUUGCCCUCGCCCUUGCCCUUGUUAGCACCCGACUCUAACAGUCAUACGGCAAAGCACGAGAAGAAUGAUUCAUGCAUACACGGAUGUGUGUGUGUGAGUGCCUUACCGAGCUUCUCGAUGGUCGAUUUCAUGAGGUUGACCAUCCGCUUUUUAAUGUUGUUGUUAAACAGACCUUUCUGCAUGCCCACGCUGAUGCUGCUGAGCACGUGCAGGAAGCGCCGGGCGUGUUUCUCUUCGAAGGCGACGCGAAUGGGAUCGGUCGGCUUGCGCAGCAGCAGCUCGCCGUAGCUGUUGAUGCUCUUGUGGGCGUCAAGGGUGAUGCUGUAGACGUGGCUGCCGAGGAUGCUUGUAAGGUCGCCCAUAUGCUCGACUGGCAUGUUGGCUGACUCUAAAACAGACACACACAGUGAGUGUGUCUGUUUCAUGCUCCUUGUGUGAGUGGUGGAGCCUCGUUCGUGUUGUUCCCCUGCUCAUCUAACUCAUUGACCAUUCUGAACCAACAGCCAGGCUGCCCAAUGUGGAUGGCCUUUUGCACUGCAAACACAUACAGACCAAAGAGGAAUGACUUGAUGUACAUCCAUCCAUGCAGAUGUGCGUGGGUGGGUGGGAUGCUUACGAUCUGGGUGCUUAAUAAGGAUGGACUUGAACUCCUUCUCGAUCCACUCGUUGGGCAGUGGCGUGAAGGCGGCAAACCUGUUGCUCCUCUGCUUGGAUGGGAUGAGCCCCGGGUAGCGGCUGCUCACCUGAGCGAGGUACUCGCUCGCCAGCGUCAGCUGCGUCUUGCUCGUGAUGUGGUGUUGGCUCUUGAAGAGCGAGACUGCACACACACGCGCAAGCAGACGGACACGACAAUGAUGACAGUGUGCGUAUGCGCGUGCUGUGUAUUGGUGCGUACUGGAGUCCUUGAUGGUGCGAUGGUAGGCCGCACUGAGAGGGUCCCAGUCGGCGUGGAAAAUCUCAUUCUUGAAGUCCACCACGAAUGCGUCGCUGUGGAAGACGAGCUGUUCUCCGGUUGACAAACCUGACCAACACACACAGCAGCCAUCACAGUGUGCGUGUGGCGGUGAUGCUGCUGGUGGUGUAUGUAUGUGUGCGCGUUGUACCUCAGUCCGUCUUGAGGUACGCUGCCGAUCGGCAGAGCCCUAAGGGUGAGCAUGAAAGCCCAUCCCACACGAGCACGUGAUAGGCCGGAUAAGCUUGAUUCGCCCUGAGCUGGCUGGCGCCGGCCAUCUGGUAGUGAUAUCUCUUGUAGCUCUUGAACUUGUUGUCGAGCAGGACCGCAAACCAGCGGCAGAAGGCCUCCUUUCCUUCCCACUGCUCGUGGCCCUUGAGUCGCUCGUCAAGGAUCACCACGUUGCGCGCGUAGUUGCCCUUGAUGGGUUGCUCGACGCCCCACUGGUAGGCACCGAUCCACAAGCGGUUGAAGGUGCGCUCGUCGAAGACAGUGGCUGAAUGGCUGCGGAUGGCGUGGUAAGCCGCGGCCGUCUGUUUCUCAAUGUUGAGCUUGUAGACCUCUACAAACUCUUGGAUGCGAGAAGCCGAUGGGUUGACCGUCUCCAUGAAAUCCACGAACUUCACGUAUACCUCUGACGAACACACAACACAGGCAGAGAAUGAGUUGUGUGGUGUUGAUCUGUGUGCCGUGAUGCGUCGCAUACCAGCGGCGGGCAUGGCGCCUUCCAUGAGCGUCUCGAGGUUGCUCUUGUCUUGAGCACUCGAUGACGCCGAUGCGAGUGCAGUUUCUGAUGCACACACAGCAUCAGAAUGAGAGAGAGAUGUGUGAAUGUCUUCGCGUGUGUGCGAGGAUGCUCACCGAUCUGCAU